AUGUUUGGUUGUCAGUCAUGUCUUUCGUCUCGUCUUUCGCUUUGCAGCUUCCGAGCUCUCCCUUUGACCAGCCAGCAGGCCGGACAUUGGAGCCAAAGGCAUACUUCUCAAGAUACUCUAUGGCAAAGAUGGGUCUCAUCGAUCAGUGGUUUGACAACACUCUCUUCAGAACAACCUUCGGAUUUAGCCACCUCUACACCACAGAGGCCUUCUUUUGGCCAUGGAGACACGUGCGGCCUUGAAUGCGCUCGAGUCGCAGGAAGCCAUUGCCAGAGUUGCAGCUGGAGAGACCGACGUGCCAAGGCGCAUAUGCAUGACAUCAGAAAAAACGAUGUGCUUGUCAUUGUAUGUCAUGAAGAACUCUGGUCUCAGGAAAUUGGUCUCUCAUGUAUGUCAUGA